GCCGCCGGGCGCGCCCGUAGCGCAGGAGGAUGGGCUGCGGUGGGAGCCGGGCCGAUGCCAUCGAGCCCCGCUACUACGAGAGCUGGACCCGGGAGACGGAGUCCACCUGGCUCACCUACACCGACUCUGACGCACUGCCCAGCGCCGCCGCCCCGGACAGCGGCCCCGAGGCGGGCGGCCUGCACGCGGGUGUGCUGGAAGAUGGACCGUCCUCCAAUGGUGUUCCCCGAUCUUCGGUCCCAAGUGGAAUAUCCAACCCAGAGAAGACGAUGAGCUGCGGGACCCAGUGCCCCAACCCCCAGAGUCUCAGCUCAGGCCCCCUGACCCAGAAACAGAAUAAUGGCCUUCGGACCACUGAGGCUAAAAGAGAUGCUAAACGGAUGUCUGCAAAAGAAGUCACCAUCAAUGUUACAGAUAGCAUCCGACAAAUGGACAGAAGUCAAAGAAUCACAAAGAACUGUGUCAACUAGCAGAGUGUGCCAAUAGAAGGGAGAGGGAACUUCUUUGGUACCCCUCAUAGCACUGGAUCCCGUCAAGGAAACUUGAAGACGUGGAUGCCCUUUACUGAGCAUGAAAGAAGCUGAGUGCCUCGAGAGAUUCCGUCCCAUCUGCCUGAAACAGCUACCUGCGCUGUUGGGAUGUUCUUACAUAAACGUAUUGGCACAGUACCUGCACAUGUGAAUAACUGCAAAUGUGCAGUUCAGUUCGCUUCUUUGCAACUUCUCUAAUGUCAUCUGGAGUAAAAGCAGUAAGCUAAAGCCACAGACCAGUUUCUGAAACAGAGAAAAUUAGAAGGAGGGGCUUCCCUGGCUGAAAGAUUCACAAGUCAGUUGUAAGCUCUCCUGGGUACAGUCAUGUAUACUGUUUCAGGCAAGCUUUUUCUUUGUUCUUCCUUUUUAAAUAGCACCAUCACAAAACUUACUGUGUUUACUUAAGUGUUGGCUUUCCCUUUGGCUUCUCUGUACACAGCCCCCAGGAUUAUGUCAUUCUGGUAUCUAAAAAGUAAUCACUUUAGAAUGCCAAUACCUGGUUGAUGUGAAUUCAUAUUGGCAUUAGGUUGAUGUGCACUGGGUUAGAAAUCAGGUAGCUGAUGCAGUAAAAUAAUAAUAAUGUUUUAAUAGGGAUAAUUUUCUAGCAUUUCUUUAAACAUGUUCAGCUGGAAGUGUUUUCCUCCGAAGUAAUGUAGAAAGAUUUUUAAAGGACUGUUAACGUGUCUGGGGUUGGGAAAGAUAGGACUAAAGUUGUACCAAACUGUACCAAUAAACUCCAUGCUUAGCUUAAAUAGGAAGUCUGAAGGUGUCUGUUUAUGUAACAUAGUCCAGAGAAUUGGUAUAAGCAGGUUAAAAUUCAGAUACUCAUCCUCGUUACUGCCCAACUCUGUUGUUCCUCAGACACAAGUGGGUAGUGUCCUUUAUUCAUUAAUUUUUUCAUCGGUAGCUUGUAUAUUUAUGCAUUAAACAUAAAUGCCAGCCCUGUUUCAGGUACUGGGCAGAGUUGAGGGACUGGGGAUCUGGCCAGUCAUGACUAUAUCCUGAAUCUUAACACUGGACUUACUAUGAUACUGACUUCUACCCUAAGGGAUAGUGUGUGUUGUGAGUUGCUCUGCGAUGAAAUCUCACUUUUAUGUUCAGGGUAGGCUUGUGUCCAGAUCUGGGUGUUCUCCUAAUCACUAUACAAGCCUUUACCAUACACAAAACUACAGGUUUCCCAAACCUCUUUAUUUUGUGAUUCUUUGAGAAAGGGCUUUUAGGGAAUUUCAUGUUCUGAAAAUUAAAAAAAAAAGAAGAAGAA